GCCCUCGCCUCGGAGCCGGACGUGGGGGCCGGGGCGGAGGUCGAGGCGGGCGGGGCCGCGAGCGCGGAGAAGUUUGGCGGCGGAGGGGCCGGGUGUCCCGGGGUCGCGAGACAGCGGCGCGGGGGCCAGGGCCAUGGGGGCUGGCGCGGGCUGCUGCGCUGGCGCGGAGGCGGCGUGGCGCGCACAGAGCCCCCCGAGCGGCGCGGACACCGCGGCGCAAAGUUAGGCCGGCGCGCCGGGACGAGCCCCGCAGCCGCUGGCCGCCUCUGGACGCCGCCUCGGCAUGGGCGAGCACCCCAGCCCGAGCCCCGCAGUGGCCGCCUGCGCCGAGGCGGAGCGCAUCGAGGAGCUGGAACCUGAGGCCGAGGAGCGGCCGCCCGCUGCGCCGGAGGACCACUGGAAAGUCCUGUUUGAUCAGUUUGACCCUGGGAACACGGGCUACAUCAGCACAGGCAAGUUCCGGAGCCUUCUGGAGAGCCACAGCUCCAAGCUGGACCCGCACAAAAGGGAAGUGCUCCUGGCUCUCGCCGACAGCCAUGCGGAUGGGCAGAUCUGCUACCAGGAUUUUGUCAACCUGAUGAGCAACAAGCGGUCCAACAGCUUCCGCCAGGCCAUCCUGCAGGGGAACCGCCGGCUCCGAAGCAAGGCCCUGCUGGAGGAGAAAGGGCUGAACCUGUCGCAGCGACUGAUCCGCCACGUGGCCUACGAGACCCUGCCCCGGGAGAUUGACCGCAAGUGGUACUACGACAGCUAUACCUGCUGCCCCCCGCCCUGGUUCAUGAUCACAGUCACACUGCUGGAGAUUGCCUUUUUCCUCUACAAUGGAGUGUCGCUGGACCAAUUUGUGCUGCAGGUAACCCAUCCACGAUACCUGAAGAACUCACUGGUUUACCACCCACGGCUCCGAGCACAGGCUUGGCGCUACCUGACAUACAUCUUCAUGCAUGCAGGGAUAGAACACCUGGGACUCAACGUGGUGCUGCAGCUCCUGGUGGGGGUGCCCUUGGAGAUGGUGCACGGAGCGACUCGCAUUGGGCUUGUCUACGUGGCCGGCGUAGUGGCAGGGUCCUUGGCGGUGUCUGUGGCUGACAUGACCGCGCCAGUCGUGGGCUCCUCCGGAGGGGUGUAUGCGCUCGUCUCUGCCCAUCUGGCCAACAUCGUGAUGAACUGGUCAGGCAUGAAGUGUCAAUUCAAGCUGCUGCGGAUGGCUGUGGCCUUGAUCUGUAUGAGCAUGGAGUUUGGGCGGGCCGUGUGGCUCCGGUUCCACCCGUCAGCCUAUCCCCCGUGCCCUCACCCGAGCUUCGUGGCGCACUUGGGUGGCGUGGCUGUGGGCAUCACCCUGGGCGUGGUGGUCCUGAGGAACUAUGAGCAGAGGCUGCAGGACCAGUCGCUGUGGUGGAUUUUUGUGGCCAUGUACACCAUCUUUGUGCUGUUCGCUAUCUUCUGGAACAUCUUUGCCUACACCCUGCUGGACCUAAAGCUGCCACCGCCCCCGUAAGGAACUGGAGGACCAAGGUCAGGGAGGGGAGUGAGAAGCAGCAUCAGAAAGGAGCACCUGCGUUCUUUUUCUCAUCACCAGCUCAGUGAGGCCGGAGAGAAGAGGACAAGAGACACUGAGCCUCUGUAAUAUUUGGGCUCGGAUUUGGGCAGACAGUGGAGGCUCUUUUUUGAAGGGCACAUGCUGGAGGAGUUGGAUGUGGCUACCUUUGUUCUUCUAGACUGUUCUGAGGACAUCAGGCCAGGGUGAAGGCUGGGGUAGGGUGAGAGUGGCUAUUUUCUUGGGCUGGGCUUGUUCCAUGUGUUCAGGGGUCCCCUCCCUUGUCACAGAUUGGGCAGCAGCCUUCUCCCUCAUCCUCCACCCUGAGAGACCCUGAGAGUGUAAGGAAGGCCCAAGCGUGUAGUAGCCAGGCGGGCCCUUGUCCAGCUCAGAGAUAAUUGCAGGCCAGGAAGUGUUCCCUCUACAGCCAUUGGGUCUGGAGCUCUGGAGUGGAAGAGAGUCUGGUAGUGGACAUAUCGACAUUGGCCUGGGGGAGCCCAGGGUGCUCUCCUGUGCCUGUCGGUGGGCACUGGGGCAUGGCCUCUAGUGCCUGGGGUGGGCGGAGGAGGGAGAUGCUGUAACUCCAGGCCCCACCCUUGCCCUGGGGGUACCCAGUGAGAGGAACCCAAGCAGAAGGGAAUAAACUUAAUCCCAAAUUGCGCCCUGGGGAAGACUUCUCCCUCCCUUUCUCCCAGAAUGCUGAUGUCUCAUACCAGUGCCCCAGCAUCCCAUGCCCUGCCUUAUUUUUAGGGUCUUUUCCUUCUCUUCCAUUGCCCUGACCUGCGUCGUGCCUCGCCUUUGGUUAUGGAGACAGUGUUUUGAUGUGUGUGUAUGUGUCUGUGUGUGUAGUUUGGUGGGUGGAGGUGCCCAUGUGAUGGGAAAGACUGUGAGGAGAGUUGGAGACUGCAGAGCAAUCCUGGGUGAGGCAGUGAGGGUCUGUGGAGGAGUCUAGUGAGAGGAAGGAAGGUGCUGAGAGGUGGAGGGUGUGGUUGCUGAGGAUCCUUGCCUUUAGUAAAGCUUGCGCCUUCUUUCCCAUCCCUGUCCCUUCCAGGCGCACCCCUGAGAAUCACUGACCAGUGGGAGAACCAUCCGUGGUGGAGGGAGACCUCAGCCCUUCCAGGGACCCUCAGGAUGCUGAGGUUUUCCUUGCCUUUGCCAAGUGCUGCCCUUGUUUCCCUCUGGAAUGGCCUUCAUAUCUGAAAAGGUUCUGUUCUGUCUCCCUUAGGACGGAAGGAGCUUUGGGGUGCAAGAGAGUCUGGAGCAGGAAUAUUGAGGCUCUGUGUUCAUUUGAGUUGGGAGAGAGGAGGCUGCACUAAGAGGAAUUCCAGUGUAGGCAGAAAACUGCUUCUAGAGAAGAUUUGUUGGGUGUUUGGAUGAGUGUCAGAGGUGAGGGCAGCCUGUAGAUUCAGAUGCUCAGAGGUCAGAGGGGACUUGGAGAUUAUCGACUCCAUCCCUACCCCCAAGUCACUAGUGGGAAAAUGACCCCCUAGCGGGAGCUGGUGCAGGCCCCAGGGGGAGACUGGGUGGAGGAUGACCUUUGACAAAAUAUGUCAUUCCCUUUAUACUGCUUUUGGAACUCCCAUCCACUGACAGCCCGGAAGGAUGAAGAACCAAGUCUGGGAGGCAGAGGGGCUGCGUUCAUGAGGAAUGAGGGCAGGAGUGUGGGAACUGCCUUCUGCCAGCCACAUGCUCCUCAGAGCCCUCAUGUGCACUGAGGUCCCGAGUCAGCCAGGCCAGGCGUUUGGGGGUCUUGGGCCACUGUGGCUUCCUGUCCCCACUGAUCACAUUAAAUGGGCAGAGUUUCCUACUCAGGGGCACCCCCACUCAGCCCCAGGCUAUGCCAAGCCCUUCCCUGUCUUUGCCCAGUGCUAAAUAGAUUGUCCUGGUCCCCACAUAUGGCCCCUAAAAUGCUGCACUGUGCCAACGCUGUGCUGAGGACUGCCAGCCUGAGGUGGCAUGGGCCCUGACCUUUGGCUGAGUUUUGUCGGUCUGAGGCAUCUUGUCUGUGCCCUGCCAGCCAUUCUCUGCCCUACUGAGAGAAAAGUGUAGCCGGAACAGUCAGCUUCUUAGGAGAGGAGACUCUGAGCUGGAAUGGGGGCCAAGAAGACUUGGGUAAGGAUGGCAAAGGGGGCCUCAGCCAUGGGCUUCAGCCACUGCUAACCCUGAGUGGUGCUGUCCCUCCCUGGAGGAGCAGAGGCACCUGGUGCCCUGCUGGAGGCAGGGCCUCCCUUCCAGAUCCUGUCCUGGCACCUGGGGGUUCUGGGUUGUGGGUGGAGGGAGCAGGGAGCCACCUCUGGGUUUGUCUGGUGUGGCCUGGAGAUGGACCUUCUUCUCUCCGGGGUGAGAAGACUGUGAAGUAGAAGACUCUAGAAAGCCCUCAGAGAAGCACUUAAUUCCCUCAGGACUUCAGAUGGAAGCUUGUUACCGAGGACUGCGUGAGAUGGAAGUCCCAUCUCCCAUCCUGUUAAGUCUGUCCUCUGAGGUCUGGGACAUGCUACGGGAGCCUGUCUACACCUCAGGCCACCAGCCCCAGCUUCUCCCUGUCCAAAAGCAACCCACAAGUUCUUUGUUCUGCUUAAUGCCCAUCUCCACCACCCUCCCCCAACCAUCACUUCUAAGCAGGGCCAUGCAGUGGUGACAAUAGUCACUUCACACAACCCAGGUCUCUAAUCCAGGGCUGGAGACAGCUGUCUGGUAAGAAAGGGUUUACAUUUUGGUGUCUGGCUUUCUCCUCAGCAGGUCCCUUUGUCCCGUGUUCCCAGCAGCAUGUCCCCAUCAUACUUCCCUCCUCGUCCAAUAUGGCCGCCUAGCCAGUGUGCCGGGAAGCAGAGGGUGGUGUGAAUCUUCAGGCUGUUGGGGGAGGUCUGCCUUUCAUCCACGGGAUGUAGAAACUGAAAGCUGGGGAUUCCCCAAACAGCAGCUAUAGAUUCCCUCAAUGGUUAAAUGGAAGAGGAAUCACAGAAACUGGGGAAAGGAAAACAAACCUUCAAAGGAGAAAUUUCCCUUUAAUGACACCAUUAAUCAUUCGUUUUUUAAUUAGGAAAAGCUCCCUAAUGGGGCACUUUUGCCAGCUAAUAGGACUCUCAAUUUCCAUGAGAACCAUUCUUGCCCAGAGGAUUAGGGGAGUCAUUGCUCACCAAGCUCGGAUCUUCCCCUAGUGUCCAAUUUCGUUUGCAGAUAAUGCAGAUUCCCGGGUGCAGUGGGAGCCCUUUCCUGGCAUCAUUCCUGUUGCUCCCAGCGUUGGCUGGAAAGCACCAAUACUCCUCUGCCUUAAGAAACAGUGCCCAACACUGAACUUCCCCUCCACCAAGGACUUGAGUAAGUGGAAAACAAAACAAAACACAAGCUGCAAUGUUUGUUUCUAAAUAUUUUUGUAUUGUGUACAUUCUGUAUAUUUUUGUUGUAACAUAUUAUUUGAGCACAGAUUCCAUUAAAGAUUUUUUUUUUUAAGCC